AUGGCCGCCUCGGCCGUCCUCGCCAUGGCCACCCGGCCAUGCGGCCGCCCUCUCCGCCCGCGCUACGCCGUAGCCACCCUGGCGGCCCCGGCCAUCCUCGCCAUGGUCCCCCUGGCCGCGCGGCGGGCCUCGCCGCAGCCGUCCUCGCCUCGCCGCGCCGCGCCGCACCCCGCCCCGGCGGGCCUCGCCGCGACCGCCCGCCCCGCGCGGUGCCCCGCCCCGGCUGCCUCGCUGUGGCCGCCUAGCUUCGGCGCCGCCUCCCCACGCGCAGGCGCAGCGCCUGGCCGUGUCGCGAGCCAAGAUCAAGAGCUGUCCGCGGCGGGUGGCAGGAGGGCGGCGGAGCUAGCCUUAGCGCUGCUGGCGGAGCUGGCCGCGUGCGCGGACGGGCGCACGGCGGUGGCGGCGCACCCGGCGGGCGUCGCCGUGGUGGUGCAGCGGCUCCUGCGUGUGUCCGCGGCUGCCGACGCCUGCGCGGUGCGCGUGCUGGUGGCCGUGGCCGGCCGGCCGGCGCCCCCGGAUGUCCUGCGGGAGAUGGCGCGCGUCGAGGCUUUGGAGCAGAGGAGCGGCAGAGCGGAGGAGACGACGCUCAAAAUGAGAAGGAGGAGUGAUGGAAGGGCAAAAUGGUCAUUUUACUAG